AUGAAUAAUGAUAUAAAAUUUAAAGUAGCAAAAUACCUUAAUGAACCAUUGGCACAUGAAGAAGAAUGUAAACUAGAAAUAAAUUCAGUUUUUUAUUCUAAAGAUUUCCUUAGACAUAAAAUCACUUACACAUCUAAAAUAUUAAAUAAAAAACUUAGAGAAAGGCCAAGUAUAGAAUACCUAAAAAAUAUUAACAUUUUAAAAAAUGAUCUAAUGUUGAAAGAAAUUAAAGAUAGAUUAUCUAAUUUACUAUUGCUAAGAGCUGAUUCUACCUAUAAUAGAUCGCAUAUCGCACCUUCUAUUUCAUCUUUAGUUAAAAAAAUGGAUUUUGAAUAUAAAAAAAUUGUUAUUAUUCAUAAAUUAAAUAUUAAGAAAGUUUAA